UACUACCAUAAUAUCCACUAUAUCCGACCAAUUGAACGACCCGGCUAAACUGCAACAAGCCGAAGGAGGCCCACCACUUUGAUCAGACGGAAAAGUAAAGACCGAAACACUUUUUUCUCCUCGUCGGACCAGCCUGAAAUCACAAACACGACACAGACUUUUCACGACAAAGUGCGACAGCGUUUUUUUUUUCUCCGAGAAUGUGGCGAACCUGCGGUUAGAGAGAAGAAGAAAAAAAAAGGCGGAUUGCUGCUCAUUGAACGAUCAACAAGUUGGAGUGUCUUUGAUGGCGACAACUACAUGAAACCACCACCGCUACGACAGGAACAGAGGACGAGCAGCAGCAGCAGGAAGGAGACAUUUUAAGACUACAGUUCCCGCUGACAGUGAAGUGAAGAGAGGAUGUUGUCUGGGCUGAGAGAGAUGAUAUGGGCCGACUGGAUUUGGUUUCCAGAAGGCCACGGCUGGGCCGACCUGAAGGACCACGACGGCAAAGUUUUCCCCAAAACGCAGGACCUCUGGGCGACUGUACCCAUCGCCCUCUGCUUCCUGGUCUGCAGACAAAUAUUUGAGAGGACAGUAGCGACUCCUCUCGCCUCCCUGUUGGGAGUGAGUGACAAGCAGCAGGUUCGUGCUCCUCCAAAUCCUGUCCUGGAGGCCUAUUUCUGCAGCACAUCAAAGCAUCCCACACAGAGCUCCAUAGAGAGUUUAAGUAAACAGGCGGGCUGUUCAGUGCGACAGGUCCAGAGGUGGUUCAGGAAGCGGAGAAACCAGGACCGGCCAAGCAAGCUCAAAAAAUUUCGGGAAGCAAGUUGGAGAUUUACCUUUUACCUUCUUGCUUUCUUUGCUGGCCUGGCAGCCCUUAUUGACAAACCGUGGCUGUAUGAUAUGAAGCAGAUGUGGGAUGGCUUCCCGAAAAUGCCACUGUUGCCUUCACAGUACUGGUACUACAUGAUCGAACUAGGCUUCUAUCUCUCGCUGCUUUUUAGCGUAGCAUCGGAUGUCAAACGUAAGGAUUUCAAAGAGCAGAUUAUUCACCAUGUAGCCACCAUUCUCCUCAUCAGUUUCUCCUGGCUGGUCAACUACAUCCGCGCAGGGACUUUGAUCAUGUUAGUUCAUGACGCCUCAGACUAUUUAAUGGAGUCAGCCAAAAUGUUCAACUACGCAGGUUGGAGGAAAACCUGCAACUUCAUCUUCACUGUGUUCGCUGCAGUUUUCUUCGUCACGCGUCUCAUCAUCCUCCCCUUCUGGAUCAUAUACACGACGUGGGUGUACCCCCUGACCCUCUACCCCCCCUUCCUCGGUUUCUACUUCUUCAACGGGCUAAUGUUUUUGCUGCAGACUCUGCACAUCUUCUGGGCCGCGCUCAUCCUGCGCAUGGUCAUCAAAUUCCUGCCAGGCAAUCACAUUGUCGAGGACGAGCGGAGCGACAAAGAGGAGACAGAGUCGGAGGAUGAAGAAGACGAGCAGAGAGAAAAGUUUAAGAACGGCCACGUGCAGAACGGCCACACCUUCUUCAACAACAACCACAGUAAGACGGACUGAUCGGACUGAGAGAUGAGGCUGUGUGAGGAGUGACGAGGGGCCCUCACAUGUGGCCCUCAGCUGAAAAGCCAAAGAACGGGAAUGUGGCAUGUUAAAAGGGGCAACAGGCAGCAACACACACACACACACACAUACACAUACACAUACACAUACAUAUAUAUACACACACAUGUCUUUACCCUCCUCUCUGAAACCGCGCUAAUCCAGUGUGGGUGAUUUCAAUCCCUGUGGAUUAAACGUCGAGAGGAAGACUGCGGUGGAGAACCACAAUGAUCUGUAGCGGAGUGGUAAUCUCAUUACACACUCCUUCUCUUCUUUUCUCUCCCCUCCAGUCUUUUUUUUGCUUUCCGCCAAGAUUUCAUGCCGUUUACCAAGUUGCCACAUGCCAAAUCUGCCUGCUUGUAGCUUUACGUUUUGUUCCUGGAGGUGUUUUAGAGAGACGCUGUUGUUAGGACGGGCACUCCCUUCCUGCACUGUCAGUUAAAACUCCUCCAAGUAUUACUGCCCUUAAACUUGACUGAUUAUGUUGCUCUAAAUAACCACACUGAACGCAGUGACACGGUGCAGAGCUCUAAGCUGAAUGAUGUCUUUCUAUGGACCAUAACCUGAUUUACGCCUGUUUACUGAAGUAUCAGAUAAUAACCAACUCGUUGGAAAGUUUAAAACAAAAUAAUUGGAGGUAAAUAAUGUUUUGUUUUUUGUUUUAGCAGUCUGGGGGAAAAAAAAAAAGUGCGAGAAGGUGCUGCAUCCGCCACGUGUUUGAAAUGUGCCUUGUGUGGAAGUUUGUCUUAAUGCGUCGCCUUUUUUCGGGAAGCAGAUCGCACAGAGAUCAUUUUUAAAUGUUUUGUUAAUAUCUUUUUAGUUGUCUGAUUUUAUUUUAUGUUUUAUUUGUUUUCAGUCCAGUCGACGGUUUAAAUUUGGGAGCAAUUUGUUUUGAGUGUAACCCAAACCAAUCAGUAAUUGUUUAUGAAUUCUUUAUGGGCUGAAGCGUCGAUAGCAUUUCCAUUCAGUGUUGUUUUUCCCAUCCAUCCAAAGAUGCACUUUAUGGUUUCCUCUAUAGUUCAGCGUUGACUAAAAAUAGUAAACAAGCUUAAUAAUAGUGUUUGAUUUCACUUCAAACCUGAUUUAUUUUUAGUUUAGCAAUUUAAAUUUUGUUUCAUAUUUAUUCAUAUUAUUACACCCGAGAUCUUCCUCGUUGUCAGUGUUUUGGUUCAUUUUGUAGAAAGAAAAAUAAGUUUAAUGAAAUCUUAUAGAGGUAAAAAUGAAACACCAAAGUAUGGUUUACAUUUUGUGCUGUCUUGUCAUUUGCAAGUGCCUUCAUCAUUUCAAAUGUUAAUUGUAAAGAGAAAUGUUAUUUCUGUCCCUUUUUUCUUUGUUUCUGCUGUCUUUGUGCCCCAACACGUCCAACACUCGAUGCACUGUAACGCCCUGGGCCUCUAACUUUUCCUGCCGCGGCUCAUGACGACCAAUCACCUGCAGCAGCUCCCUCUAAAGAGCUUAGCUUCUACAGAACCUGUUUUUAUUCUGCAUUAGGUGUUGCUGAGAUGUAAAAUCAUAACGAAGACGAUGAUAAAGAUAAUUGUGGAUAACUA